UCGUACAUUAAGAAAAAAAAUAUAAUCCUAUUUAUUUAUCUUUUUUAAUUAAGAAGUGAAAAGCAAACACCUACGAUAAAUAGAUAGUCAAUCAUAAAGUAAAAAGCUUAAUAAAUGGAAACAGAUACCAAAACUAAUUAGAAUAAGGAACAAAGUUAAGAUGCAAAGCUUACAAGAUUUUCAUGCAAGAUAUGUUUAGAAAUAGCAGAAUAGCCUGUUAUUACACCUUGCGGUCAUCUUUAUUGCUGGAAAUGCAUUUACCAAUGGGCAGUUAAGAAACCAAGUUGUCCUUUUUGCAAUAACAAAAUUGAUGUGAAUAAAUUAACAACUAUCUACACUGAAGAAGAAGAGCAAAAAUCCAAAAAAACAAAUGAAAACAACAGUAGCAGUAGCGAUAGCAGCAGCAAUCACUCAAAUUAAAACUCAUAAGAAAAUUAAAAUUAAUAACAAUAAUAAUAAGAAAAUGGCUAGCAGAACAACUAAAGUGAAUAAAAUCAGCAGGAUAUUCCAAGAAGACCAUAAAACCCUAGAGAAAACUUUGAUAACAAUAACCACAACAGAUAACAAGGGGGAUUUAAUUUUGGGUUUUUUGGGUUUCCUGGAUUAUUCUUUGGAGGUGGACUAGGCCUAGGGGGAUUCACUUUUAAUUUGAAUGGAUUUUAAUUUGGAAAUGGUUAAGGAAAUCUAGCUCAUGGGUGGUAAAAGUAUAUAGGAAUUAUUCCAUUAGUGAUAUUUUUGCUUCAAUUUCUUUUGCCUUUAGUAUUCUAGAUAUUUGGAAUAAAUUAAAACUAAAGUUCAUAUGAAUAUGAUUAUCCAAAUUAUAAUUCUUAAAGAAAAGCUAAUAGACAAUCUACUGGUAGUAAUAAAAAUAAAUAUAAUAAAAAUAAUUAAUAUUAAUAAAAUUAUGGUUAUAAUUACAAUUAAUAAUACUAAAAUUAUGAAUGGUCUUAUGGAGAAUAUACAGAGGUUAUUUGCAUAUUAGUUUUAACCUUCUUAAUUUAUUUUAUAGGUAAAAUUAGAUAAAACAGAUAUAACUAAUAAAAUUAAUAGUAACAACAAGGUUAGUAGUAUUAAAAUUGA